AUGGCUUACGUUUUAACUGAAACACCAGCUGGUUAUGCCUUAUUAAAGGCUUCCGACAAAAAAAUUUAUAAAUCAGAUUCACUAAUCAAAGAUUUAAAUAGUGCGGAUAAAGUUUUGAAAGAAUUCAAAUUGCAAGCAUUUUCUAAAUUUAAUUCUGCUGCCAAUGCUUUAGAAGAGGCUACCAAUAUUAUUGAAGGUAAAGUCUCUCCUCAACUAGAAAAACUUUUAGAAGAUGCCAAGUCCGAUAAAAAAUCAACUCUCGUUGUCUCGGAGACCAAAUUAGCUAAUGCCAUUAAUAAAUUAGAUUUAAACUUUAAAGUCGUCAGUGAUGCAGUCACGUUAGAUAUUUACAGAGCUGUGAAGGAAUAUUUACCAGAGUUAUUACCAGGUCUAAGUGAUUCUGACUUGGGUAAAAUGUCCUUAGGUCUAGCACAUUCCAUUGGUCGUCAUAAAUUAAAGUUUUCUGCGGAUAAGGUAGAUGUUAUGAUUAUCCAAGCAAUUGCCUUGUUAGAUGAUUUAGAUAAGGAACUAAAUACAUAUGCCAUGAGAUGUAAAGAAUGGUAUGGGUGGCAUUUCCCAGAAUUGGCCAAAAUUGUUGUGGAUUCUGUUGCAUUUGCUAGAAUUAUUUUGGCCAUGGGUGUUAGAUCCAAUGCAUCUGAAACCGAUUUGAGUGGCAUCUUACCAGAAGAAAUUGAAGAACGUGUCAAGUCUGCUGCUGAAGUUUCUAUGGGUACCGAAAUCACUUCUACAGAUUUAGAAAAUAUUAAGUGUUUAGCCGAACAAAUUGUUGAAUUUGCAGCUUAUAGAGAACAAUUAUCGAAUUAUUUGAGUUCCAGAAUGAAGGCUAUUGCUCCAAAUUUGACUCAGUUAGUUGGUGAACUAGUUGGUGCCAGAUUAAUUGCACAUGCUGGUUCUUUAAUUUCUUUAGCCAAGUCUCCAGCCUCUACCAUCCAAAUUUUGGGUGCUGAAAAGGCCUUAUUCAGGGCUUUAAAAACUAAACAUGAUACACCAAAAUAUGGUUUAUUGUAUCAUGCUUCUUUAGUUGGACAGGCCAGUGGUAAAAAUAAGGGCAAAAUUGCCAGAGUCUUGGCUGCUAAAGCUGCUGUCGCUUUACGUUAUGAUGCUUUAUCUGAAGAAAGAGAUGAUUCCGGGGAUAUUGGUUUGGAAGUUAGAGCUAAAGUUGAAAACAGAUUGUCUCAAUUGGAAGGCAGAGAUUUAAGAACUACUGCUAAAGUUUCUCACGAUCAAAAGAAGGUUGAAAUUACCGAAGCUAGAGCUUAUAAUGCUGAUGCUGAUGCCACUUCGGCACCUGCUGCUGAUUCUGAUGAUGAUGAAGGAUCUGAAAAAGAAAAGGAAGAAAAAAUAGAAAAGCAUAAGAAGGAUAAAAAGAGAAAGAGAGAUGAUGAUGAUGAAGAAGAAUCCAAUAAGAAGGAAAAGAAAGUUAAAAAGGAUAAAAAGGACAAGAAAUCUAAAAAGGAAAAGAAAUCUAAAAAAGAUAAAAAAGACAAAAAAUCUAAGAAAGAAAAGAACUGA